UCACCCACUCCACAAUAUGCAGUUGACCAUCCUUGAGAGACAACCCACACAAGGCUCGGAAAUUCCAGCACCAGCCGGAGACGUUGCGGAGGAGAAAACGGGUAGCAGGAAAACUUACAUGAGAUCAGCAUCUUCAUCUUCAGGUCGACAUUCGAGGUGUACAAGUUCGAGCCGUCUGGGUUUGGCACCUUGUAGGAGGCAUGGUUACAUGGUGCCAAGGCAGAGCAUGAGCAGAUAUGGUGCUAACAAGGAGGUAUUGAGGAGGGCAUUGGCUCCACCACCAAAUCGGAAGAUGACCCUCAGGUGGAGGAACUUCAAGCUCACACCAAGCAGGCUCUCUAAUAUGUCUAUGGCUUAAGGUUCUACAAUUUUAUUUUUCCUUUCAAUUUUCUUUAGCAGUUUUGACAGUAGGGGCAGUUAAUGAUCAAUUGGAGAAUAUAGAGAGAGUAUCGUGUAAAUGA